AUAGGUGGGUGUUUGUGUGGGAAAAGGGCUACCAGGAAACGGACUCCGUGGUCAGCUCAGUGACUACCAAGGUCAAGGGCGUGACUGUGACCAACACGUCUAAACUUGGAUUCCGGAUCUGGGAUAUGGCUGAUUAUGUGAUACCAGCUCAGGGGGAAAACUCCCUCUUCGUCAUGACCAACAUGAUCAUCACCAUGAACCAGACGCAGGGCACCUGUCCUGAGAUUCCAGAUAAGACCACUGUGUGUGAUUCAGAUGCCAACUGCACUGCUGGCUUCACUGGCACCCAUAGCAACGGUGUCUCCACGGGCAGAUGUGUGAAUUUUAAUGAGUCUGUGAAGACAUGCGAGGUAGCAGCCUGGUGCCCCGUGGAAGAUGACACAUCUGUGCCAAACCCUGCUGUUUUAAAGGCUGCAGAAAACUUCACUCUUUUGGUUAAGAACAACAUCUGGUAUCCAAAAUUUAAUUUCAGCAAGAGGAACAUCCUUCCCAAUGUCACCACUACCUAUCUCAAGUCGUGCAUUUAUGACGCCAAGACAGAUCCCUUCUGCCCCAUAUUCCGUCUUGGCAAAAUAGUGGAGGACGCAGGACACAGCUUCCAGGACAUGGCCGUCGAGGGAGGCAUCAUGGGUAUCCAAGUCAAUUGGGCCUGCAACCUGGACAGAGCCGCCUCCCACUGCCUGCCCAGGUAUUCCUUCCGCCGUCUGGAUACCCGGGACGUCGAGCACAACGUGUCUCCAGGCUACAAUUUCAGGUUUGCCAAGUACUACGAGGACCCGGCUGGCAGCGAGUACCGCACACUCAUCAAGGCUUAUGGCAUCCGCUUCGACAUCAUCGUGUUUGGGAAGGCCGGAAAAUUUAACAUCAUUCCUACCAUGAUCAACAUCGGCUCCGGCCUGGCACUGCUGGGGGUGGCGACAGUGCUGUGUGACGUCAUAGUCCUCUACUGCAUGAAGAAAAGAUACUACUAUCGGGAGAAGAAAUACAAAUAUGUGGAAGAUUAUGAGCAGGGUCUUGCCCAAGAGUCGGACCAGUGACGCCUGCCCCUACCUGGGCUCCCCUUGGCCCCGUCAAAGCACAGUAGGAGGAGGGAGAAAUGGCUACCCUAUCACCCCAGAAAGUUCUGGAUUGCAGUUCAGUCUGACUCCACAAGACUUCAGGAUGGCCCAGCAGAUCCCGUGUUUUGUGUGUAGGGCUUGUGGCCCACUCGGCACAGGUCACCAGCCUCUUCUUGGCUGGGUCAAGUCUGCUGUUCCUGCAACUGGGGGUCGUGGGGGUGAUCGCUGGUCCAGGACUAUGGGCUGCUGUGGCUUCCAGGGCUGGGCCUUCUCCAAGGCCCCCGGAGCUGGCUGGUCCUCAGAAGCUCCUGUCUCUAGCUCCCUUCUGCACAGGCCCAGUCCUCCCCGGCACGGCAACAUUCAAGCACUUUAUGAAGCAGGGAAGUCCACCUGGUUGUGGUCACUAGACUUGUAGCAUGCAAGGGCUACCAACCUUCUGCCCCUCGAUCAGGGCCUUUUCUCCUUGCAGUCAUGAGGCAGGAUUAGCAUUUCUCCAUACGGAAGAGCUACAUUGAGGCGAUUGUGGACCAAACAUUAAAUCACGAUUUUUCUUAA